UCUCUCUCUCUCUCUCUCUCUCUCUCUGUCCCUCUCUGCCUCUCUCUGUGAAAAGUCCCUGGAUGGUGGAGAUGGAGCAGGAGCUGGAGGAAGCUUUCAGGAAGGAACCCAGAUGGACUGAGCUGAAGGUGAUGGAGUCGUAGCUACGACCUGCAUUCUGUCCCGCCCCUUUUUUUCCGCCCCAUCAUGGUGUACGGGCAGAUCCUGCACCGCUGCGGCCCGGAUGAGAACUUCCUCAACCUGAACGUGGGCGGCUUCAAGCAGAAAGUGUCUCGCUCGGUCCUCCAGUGCUUCCCACACACUCGUCUGGGGCGUUUGCUCCUCUGCAGAUCCGAGUCGGCGAUAUUGGAGCUGUGCGACGACUACAGCGCGACGGAGCAUGAGUUCUACUUCGACCGCAACCCACGCUUCUUCCGCUACGUGCUGAACUUUUACCACACGGGCAAAAUCCAUCUGAUGGAGGAGCUGUGCGUGUUCAGCUUCAGCCAGGAGCUCGAGUACUGGGGCAUCAAGGAGCUUUAUCUGGACUCGUGCUGCAGCAACAAGUUCCACGAGCUGAAAGAAGGCGAAAAGGAGCACGACUGGGACCGGAACGAGGACGAUCAGCUUCACGAGAGCUUCGAUUCCACCAUGGAGGAGUUUUCAGAGCUGGAGAAGGACAUGGAGAAGUUUGAAGGCACCUGGUGCUCGGAGAAACGGAAGCAGCUGUGGCUGAGGCUCGAGAAUCCGGGACAUUCGCUCACGGCUAAGAUGCUAGCGGUGGUUUCUCUGAGCGUGGUUCUGAUCAGCAUCGCGGCCAUGUGUGUUCACAGCAUGCCUGAGUUCCAUCAAGUGGACGCUAACGAAAGACCCGUGGAGGAUCCGGUUCUAGCUGUGUUCGAGACCUUUUGCGUGCUCUGGUUCACGUUCGAGUUUGUGGUGCGCUUAGCGGUAGCACCUUGCCUCCGUAAAUUCGCCAGCAAUGCUUUGAACAUCAUCGAUUUUGUCUCCGUGGUACCGUUUUACGCCACGUUAGCACUGGAAAAAGCAGACGCUGAGGAAAGCGAGGAGCUGGAGAACGUAGGGAAAGUGGUGCAGAUCCUGAGGCUCAUGCGCGUCUUCAGGAUACUGAAGUUAGCGCGUCACUCGGUGGGACUUCGAUCUCUCGGCGCGACUUUGCGUCACAGCUACCACGAGGUCGGCCUGCUCGUCCUCUUCCUCUCCGUCGGGAUUUCCAUCUUCUCUGUGCUCGUGUACUUUGCAGAGAGAGACGAGGAUGAAUCCGAGCUCCAGACGAUACCCAUCGGAUGGUGGUGGGCCACGAUUAGCAUGACCACAGUCGGAUACGGAGACACCUAUCCCGUCACGCUAGCUGGGAAGCUCAUCGGGACGCUGUGCAUCGUGUGCGGCCUCCUUGUGGUGGCACUGCCCAUCACCAUCAUCUUCAACAAGUUCUCUAAGUAUUACGAGAGACAGAAAGCUCUGGUGGAGUCGGAUCAGUACGGAGGCAACUUAAAAGUUCCGAUUCCAGGGAUUCCUAUAUUCAGCAUGAAUGAUCUUUAUGCUAACGGUAACGCGAUUAACUCCAUUUUGGACAGUUUGUCCACCAGAAGUAGCACAGGAAGUGAAAGAGAUGAUAGACAAUCAGGACAAUGAGGCUGAACCUCAUGUUGCUUCAUGACUGUUGCUUUUUUUAUUAUUAAUUCGUAGCAGUUACAAAUGAGAAGCAACACGCUAGUUAGCGUCAUCACCCUGCGUUCACACUAGCAACAGACCUCAGUCUUUUCCUGUAAAAGUCUGAAACGAGCCAGAGAUGAAUGACAAGCGUCCCUCGGUCAACCAGUACGGAGCUUAGGUUGAAUUUAUGGAGCUAAUCGCAAACUUCACUAUGUGACAUCCCUGCUAGCCUUAAUUUGAAUUCUUCUGCUUGAUAUAGUGUUUAGCACAAAAUAUUCGUUUUAUAUAUUCAAUAUUAUAUCAACACCGCUCAAUCAGAACAAAUCGGAGGAGCUAGCAUAAAAUAUUUAAAAUAUUUUAAUAGCACACUACAGUAUAUUAGCAACGUUAAUUAAACUACCAAACUAAUUACCAAACUAAAAUUAGCUAUCAAUUAAAUUAAGUAGCCUGCUACGAUUUCUAGUUAAUGAUACGCAAUUAUUAUAAGAAAUCUCAGAUCUUCGAAAUGCACAGACUACAGGAAAUCAGGGCGGGUUUUAGAGAGAAGCGAAGUUCUCAUUGCAGACGUACAGACGUACAGAUGUACAUUAGCGAUCACGUCUGGUCCUACGAGAUUACGCUCAAUAGGACUUGGCUGUAGCUACAGCAAAACGAAAGUAGAAGUAACGAAUGCCGUUUUGUCUCCAGGUCCAAGCAAAAAUAACGUAGAAGAUUAGCCAGGAGUCUAACAAUCUUCACUGUUGCUAAAACCAAAAAAACAUCAAAAUGUGCCUUGUGUUUAUCAGAACGCUUUCCAAGCACAUAGCUAAAUAAACAAUGCCCCACCCCCACCAUUUAAGCUGCGGUCACGUUUUCAUCUUGCGAAUUUCUUCACAGUGGUGGAUCAAAAUCAGGUGUCCUGCUGUGACAUGUAGUGUAUCAGUGAACACCUAACAUUAGCCAGCAUGCUAGCUAGUUUCAUAAUAAACACUAUGUUGACGAAUCUUAGCUUGUUAGAUCAUUAGUUAGCUCCUGCUUACCAAGUGCGAAAAAUACAUAUCUAUGUCCAGGGUGUCCUGAAACGAUAAUUAUAAUCAGCUCCUCCACGUCGAGUCUUCCAGAAAGAUGUGACUCCACCCCUUCGCUCAUGUCCUUUCCUAAGAUAUUAUCAUGAAUAACCAAACGCCCACCCCACCCCACCCCACCCCACCCCCCUUCCCCCAGACGAGUCGCUGUUCCGAAUGCUGCUUGUUUUUUCGCUCAUGUCGUGUAGAUUUACAUGCACAUUUGUUUUGAUUUCAGUCCUGUCUCCUCCCCCUGCUUAUCAUUGGUUUAUUACUCUAAUGUGUUCACCUGUUCCGUGUUUCUGCUUUGAUUAGCCUAUUUCUACACUUACGUUCCUUUGUCUCGUUGCGAAGGCUUGUCGAUAAUUAUUGUGCGUUUCCAAGCCUCAAUCUUCGUCAGUUUUUGUUGCACUUCCUGUUUCCUGUUGUUGUUCUCCAAACCCCUGCUAUGGACUUAAAUACUCCGCUGAGUUUGUGCACUUGCGUUCUGUCUUCAUGAAGCACACGUUGCAGGCAGUUUCACAGGGAUAAAGUUCAACCUCAAAGCGAAAUCCGAGGAAAUGGAUGCAAAAUUAAUCUGAAUGUUUUGCCUGAUUUUUUUUUUUUUUAGAAGGUCCAAAAGGUCAAAAUGCCAGACAAGCCCACAAGAGAAAGCAGGCAUGACUUCAGAGGCUUGUAAUGUGAACGCAGGGUUUUACACACACUGGAACAUUGGCUCACACUCUUCAGAGCAACUGUAGAACACACACACACACACACACACACACAGUAGUGAGGGAAUGUGUGGUGAAGCAUUUUUUAUUUUCUGCUUCAGUUCUCAGGGCGAGAAAGCUGUUGAUGCGCGUCCGUCUUCCCGCCUGUGAACGUUUUAAUGCGCACUUUGAUGUGACGUUCAAUCCGUCUGAUCCGAACGGAAUGGCUCCUGAGAUUCUCGUCCUUCCAAAUGUGGGGAAACAGAAACAUUAAGAAACUGUUUCACGGCACCUUCCUUAAAUCUCCUCGUUGGAAGUCUGGCUGGAACGAGCGCACGCGUAUUUCAGACGAUGAGAAGAACGAGGUGUGAUGUAUUCACAGGUUUGACAGAAGGAACCUUUGAAAAGCUGCUUAAAUCAUGACCUUGACCUUGGACUUUGGACCUGGUCCGUCUAUGCAAAACCACCAAGGUACAAAUGAAUAUCUGAUAUGUGCUAAUAUAAUAUUAGUCCAAGACAAUAUGGUGGGAAAUAAAAAUGUUUAUUAUAUCAAAUGUGAGUUGUCCUGUUAAUCAUCCUGCACAUUUGAAAUGAAAUAAAAAUACAAAACAUUCGAUAAAACGCCACUAAGUUUGAUAUUCUAAUGAGAACACAUGAUCGACAGAUUUAUCCUGAAGCGUCACUGGAUCCGUGAGGGUGGAGCUUAAGUUACACUUCAUU